CUGUCCUCGGUCGGGCGCGGCGCUUUGGCAGCCGAGCAGCCGAGCAGCCGGGCGGCAGCGGGAUGGAGCCAACUCCCGAGUGUGAGGCGGCGGCCACGGCGGAACCUCAAGUGUCUUCCACGAAGGCACCCAAGGACUACGACAGCAAGUGCGUGUUUUGUCGCAUCGCCGCGCAGCAGGACGCGAACACGGAGCUGCUGCACUGCGAGAACAAGGACCUCGUUUGCUUCAGAGAUAUCAGGCCAGCAGCGCCUCAUCAUUAUCUUGUGGUGCCAAAGAAGCAUCUUGGAAAUUGUAAGGAGCUGAAGAAAGAUCACGUAGAGUUGGUUGAGAGCAUGGUAGCUGUUGGAAAAGCCAUUCUUGAAAGGAAUAAUUUCACGGACUUCACAGAUGUGAGGAUGGGAUUCCAUAUGCCACCAUUCUGUUCCAUUUCUCACUUGCACCUCCAUGUUCUGGCACCGGUCAGUCAGUUUGGCUUCUUAUCAAAGCUGGUUUAUAGAGUUAAUUCCUAUUGGUUUAUUACAGCUGAUUCUUUGAUUGAAAAGUUAAGAACAUAACAAGUUCCACAGUGAAGAUGUUCUAACUCUUGGCUCAGUAUGAACUAAUAUUCUGGCUGCGGAAGACUAAUUGCAAUUGUAAGGUUUGUCGGGUUUUAUGAGUGGCACUGAGUCACCGUAAAUCUUGACUGAUUAUGUUUCUUGAUAUCUGUGACACAGUUAUAUGACUACUUGGUCGCUGACUUCUUUGUUGUAAUGUUGACUAAGGAUUUUAUGUGUUACAUGCUACAGUUAAACUCCAAUUUGAAGCAGGUUCAUUUAAGCAAAAAUUGUUUUUUAAAUUGUUCAAAUAUUUUUCAUUUCUUAUGAGUCAGCUGCAGUGGGUGAUUUAUUUCUAACAAAAACUUAUAAUUUAUUGGAAUUUUAUUACUAUGAAAGAUAGAAAUUGGUAAUUUCUUGACAAAUUUUCAAAAUAAAGAAUUUAAUUCUACAUAAGAUUCUCUGAUUGUACUGAUGAAAACUGUUAUCUGAGCCACUUUUUACUCAUGCUUCAGGUGCGUUUACUUCCUAAAACUUACUAUCUUUGAUAAACUAGUUCUGAAAGCUAUCUGAUGCAUAUUCAGCAGUCCUGCCUUACUUAUGGGGUAUACAUUCAAGAUUACCAGUGGAAGACCUGGAACUGGAACUGGAAAGCUGUGAAUCACUGAAGCUGCACAUAUAUAUGAUAAAGUCUAAUUUGUUCUCAGAAAGAAAUGACCAAUAGUUAAUAAUAAAGCAGAAUAAUUAUAAUGAUACAAUGUGGAAAUAUUGUGGUUUGCCUUUGGGGCUGUUAUCGAGUAAGACAAAGGCAACUGGAACAUUAGUGCUGUGACAGGUGACAGCUGAUCUGUUAAAUGAGAUUGUGUGAUGAAUAAACAGGUAGCACAUACAGUGUGGAUACACUGCACAGAGCCUUCCAGGCAGAGUGUCAGGGGGUGGCCGAAGAUUUAAUUGUGUUGCUUAGCUCAGCACACAAUUUUAAGGUUAUGAAUUGUUUAUUUCUGGAAUUUCUUAUGUGAUAUUUUUGGAUCUUCGAUGACUGGGGCAAAUGAAACCAUGACUAAAUGGGAACUUAAGUUAUACAAUUUCUAACAGAAAUCUGCAAUCAAUCUGGCAAAAAGAAUUCAGUGUAAUGGAGUUUUACUUGUAAGAACAUAAUAAAGGAGAAAGAAAUAUGAAGUUAUUCUAUUAUUGUGUUAAAGCUGGAAAAAUUGUGUUAAAGCUGUUGCUUAUCGGAAUUUUUUUGGUAACAAAAUAAAAUUGGAAUAAAAAUAGCUAGCUUUUUAUUCUAAUUUAUCAUGAAAAAUAACAGAUUUGGAAGUAGAUAUAUGUGCUUGAUGAGACAUUUUAUUUUAAUGACAUGAUGUUAAUGUUGAUAUUUCAUGAGGCAUGCUUGAUUUGUCUUUUGGUGCCAAUCUACAGUUACAGCAGUUAAUGGAAAUGCAGAGCAGGUCCUACAUUGUGCUAGUGAACAUAAAUGAAAAUAGGAUCGAAAGCAUUGCCAGAAAAAGGUUAAGACUGCUCAUUGUAUUUAACUUUCUAUUAAAAAUCACUUUAUGUGAGAUGAAAUACAUUUAAUGCUUGGUAAUAAUAUCUGACAUCUAUAUUAUUUAGUUGGUUGACUGAAUUAAUUAUUCAUCAAAUACUAAUUGAGCAUUUAACAUGUACCUGAUACCAAAAUCAGAAAAUAAAGUCAUGAGAAGGACCAUCUACUUUUAACUGCUGAUAAAGGGGACAAAAAUCAGUGGGUUAAGUUUAGAUUGCUAAGGGCUGUAAUGUCACUAAAGUGGAAAGUAAAUGUGAGCAUUCAAGACCCAACUCAGUGGUGUGUGCAGGGUCAGUGCAGGCUGAGAAGCCCACGUGACGUUGCCCUGGGUGCCUCGAGCUCGGCUUCCACUGUUAUUUACUUUGCGGUUGACAUGGAUGUCCCAAUUUGAGUUUGUUCAUCGGAGGUUGAGAGGAAAUCAGAGAUAGUGAUACAGAGUAUCAAAGUUAGAUUUAUAGGUUUUUCGGUAAGCUUUAUGAAAUAGUUCACUGAGCACCAACAAAAACUUACAAAUUUCUAGAAAUCACUUAAAAUAUGACCAGCUUCAGAAAAGCAAAUUUCAACAUAGGCAGUAUCUGUGUGUUUUACUGUAUGAACUUGUUAUAAUUAAUUAUAUAUCACAAUGUAAUUAUAAUAACAAGCUGUUUAAGGAAUCUCUUAAAAAUGGAUCAACUGAUUGAUUAAAAUAUAUUGGCUUAUAUCUUCUCACGAGAGCAGUUCUUCUUGGUUGUAAAGUCCUGGGAAACUUACAUAAUUAGUAGAGGUCUGUCUUCUCAUAUGAAGACUCCUAACCAAAUUACUACAAUUAAAAAUCACUUAGUCUCUUCAGUAAUCCAAGUGUUUGGUUAUUCCCUCACUGUCUAUAACAUUAAUCCAAACUUAUUCAAAACCUGUCUUAGAAAAGUUUCAUGGAGUACUGAGGGCACUAUUUAUGCAUGUUGUGAUAUUAGUUAUGGAACUGUAAGAAAAUUAUAAUGAAUUAUUUCAGAGAGUAUGUACUGACCUAGAAGAAAUCUAAAUAAAGAUGGAAAAAAUA